AUGAUCAGCAUUCAGCACGUUGGCCUCCUCAUUCUCCUGGCGGCGGUCGCUCUUGCUCAUGAAGUUGCGAGAGGACAGACAUCUGCAGAGGCAGCACAACAUCGUGAACUAAUGGCGGAAAGGCUGAUGCAUGACCAGGAGGAAGGCAACGGUGUCUACUCUAGACUUUUGGAAGACAGAAGCCUUAUGGACGAUGAUGCCAUGGAGGAGGAUCUGGCAGACAUCCUUAAACGCUCGCCCCACUUCUGGAAGCGUCACCCAGCCUUCUGGAAACGUUCAUCGGCAUUCUGGAAACGAUCACCAGCAUUUUGGAAGCGCAGUAACUUCUGGAAGAGGGCCUCCUUCUGGUAA